AUGGCAGGUGAGGUGCUGAAGAAGGAGGAGUCCCUAAACCUCAAAAUCACUAACAAGAGUCAUGUGCAACCUGAGGAGAAAAUUGGGAGGAAAGAGUACCAGUUGGUCACUUUUGAUCUUCCCUACUUGGCCUUCUACUACAACCAGAAGCUACUGUUUUACAAAGGGGAGGACUUUGAUGGCAUGGUUCAGAAGCUGAAAGUUGGACUUGGUGUAGUCCUGAAAGAGUUCCACCAACUAGCUGGAAAGUUAGGGAAAGAUGAAGAGGGGGUGUUUAGGGUUGAGUAUGAUGAUGACUUGCUUGGUGUGGAGGUUGUUGAAGCUGUUGCUCAUGAAAUUGGUGUGGAUGAUCUAACUGUGGCUGAAAGUACCAGCAAUCUGUUGGAGCUGAUACCUUAUACUGGUAUCUUGAAUUUGGAAGGCAUGCAUAGACCUUUGCUGGCAGUUCAGUUAACGAAGCUGAAAGAUGGGCUUGCAAUGGGCCUAGCCUUCAACCAUGCUGUGUUGGACGGGACUGCCACGUGGCAAUUCAUGACCUCGUGGGCUGAGAUUUGCAGUGGUUCCCCGUCCACGUCGGCACCACCCUUCCUGGACCGGACUAAGGCCCGGAACACGCGAGUGAAGCUGGACCUCUCACUGCCGGAGCCCAACGACCCACCAACUUCCAAUGGCGAGGCAAAGCCCAAUCCUACUCUGAGGGAAAAGAUAUUUAAAUUCUCCGACUCAAAGAUCGAUAAGAUCAAGUCAACGGUCAAUGAGAACCCUCCAUCGGACGGCUCAAAACCGUUCUCAACAUUUCAGGCUCUUUCCUCCCAUGUUUGGCGCCAUGUAAGCCAUGCACGUAAGUUGAAGCCGGAGGACUACACCGUGUUCACCGUCUUCGCCGACUGCCGCAAGCGGGUCGACCCACCGAUGCCGGAGACUUAUUUCGGAAACCUAAUUCAGGCUAUAUUUACUGUUACCGCGGUCGGGCUUUUAACGGCUCAUCCUCCACAAUUUGGAGCUUCAUUAGUUCAGAAAGCCAUUGAAGCUCAUAAUGCAAAAGCUAUUGAUGAACGUAACAAGGAGUGGGAGAGUGCCCCCAAAAUUUUCCAAUUCAAAGAUGCUGGGGUGAAUUGUGUGGCAGUGGGAAGCUCCCCAAGGUUUAAGGUUUAUGACAUUGAUUUCGGGUGGGGGAAGCCAGAGAAUGUGAGGAGUGGAACUAAUAACAAGUUUGAUGGGAUGAUUUACUUGUAUCCAGGGAAGAAUGGAGGGAGGAGCAUCGAUGUGGAACUAACCUUGGAGCCUGAGGCUAUGGGGAGGUUGGAGGAAGACAAGGAUUUUCUUUUGGAAGCAUAG